GUAUGUCCAUCUAUGUCACAAUAGUGGCAAAAUUAUAACCGUUGUAAAAGUGAUGAAAGAAUUUUGCGCUAUUUUGUUUUUAAUCAAAAUUUUUAUUAAUUCAAAAUGUCAUCGGUUGGUGUUUGUAAUUCAAUCAAUCUGAAAGGAUCAGUGUCAAUUAUUAAGGAAUUUUUCAAUUAUUGUAUUAAUAAUAUCCUAUUCCAGCGUAGCAUUUAUCCCCCAGAUUCGUUUACAGCCGUACAACAUUAUGGCCUAACCAUAUUUAUGUCAACGGAUGAACGAUUGAAAAAAUAUUUGCAAACUAUUUUCGAUCAGAUGCAAGUAUUUUUGGCACAACGAAAACUUCAUCGGGUUGUCAUGGCAUUAAUUCGAAUCGAUACAAAAGAAACGAUUGAACGAUGGGAAUUCAAAAUCGAUUGUGAUAAUAGUGUUAGUGAGGAUAAACAGAUCAAAGUUGAUUUGAAAGCAAUACAGACUCAGAUUCGUGACCUGAUUCGCCAAAUUACGGCUAGUGUCACCUUUUUACCAUUGAUUGAUGAUCGUGUUUCAUUUGAUAUUCUCUUUUUCACGGACAAAGACACACAAUUACCAUCAGCAGAUUGGUAUGAUUCAACAUCAUAUAUCAUUCCUAACGCCGAAGAAGUACAGCUUCGGAGUUUUAAUACUAAAAUUCAUAAUAUCAAAGCAUCGGUUGCCUAUAAACAAAAUGGUUUAUAAAUGAUCUGAUGCUGAUAUAUCUCAUCAAUGAUGUAAAACAUUUUUUUCAUAAUAAAAAAUUGUCAUUCUUAACCGAAAAAUCAGGAAUU